AUGGCACUCACAUUUAGUGACAUAUUUAAAGCAAUUUUUGCACUUAUUCUUCCACCACUUGGUGUUUUUCUUGAAGUUGGAUGCAACAAGGAUCUAUUAAUUAAUAUUCUGUUGACUCUACUUGGAUACAUUCCUG